GGUAAUGGAAGACAAUCGCAGUGUAUAAGAACGAGGGAGGCCCUCAGAGUAACAUUAGUGAGUGAGUGGUAAGAAAAAAUAUGGCUCACAUGGCUUCAAUAAUUCCUCUGCCACCUUCUCUGUUCAUACGUUUGACUCUUCUCUUGACACACCGCCAUCUUCUUGUCUGGGUUUGCGUGUUUUCUGAGGCAAGGGGAAUAGGAGUAGUAGACCCGUGAAACACACUACAUGACGAAGUGAAGAAGAUGAGGGCGUAUUAUAGCUUCGCUCUUUCCUGCAAGUCUUUCUUGCUUUCUUUUCCUCUUUUCCUCACCGUCUUCCUGCCAUUAACUUCCUGGGCUGUUUCCGAUGAGCUUCACGGGGAGUCCCGGCAGCUUCUGUCCUUCAAGAACGGUCUUCCCAAUAAAGAUGCGCUUCAUGACUGGGUAUCUUCUGCAAACCCAUGUAGUUUCACUGGAGUCACAUGCACGAGCGGCUUCACAGAGAUAUCCUCCAUAGAUCUCAGUAACACCAUUCUCGGCGCAGACUUUUCCUUGGUUUCAUCCCACUUGCUGACUCUUCAGAAGCUGGAGAAUCUUGUGUUGAAGAAUAGUAACCUGACUGGUUCUCUAACUUCUGCAUCAAAAGCACAGUGUGGGGUUUCUUUGAAACUAGUAGAUCUUGCGGAAAACGCCAUUUCUGGGCCUGUUUCUGAUAUUUCAAGCCUUGCUGGAUGCUCCAGCCUUAAGUCACUUAACCUCUCCAAGAACUUGAUGGAGUUUCCUGAGAAAGGAGCUAGCUUUGCCAUUGGACUUAGACUUCUUGAUCUUUCUUACAAUAAAUUAUCUGGGAAAAACAUCUUUUCCUGGCUGGUGCCUUCUGAUUUUGCUGAUCUUGAGUUUCUAUCUUUGAAGGGGAACAAAAUGCAUGGAGAUAUUCCUGAAAUGGCUUUCAAGAACUUAACAUUCUUGGACCUUUCAGCUAACAAUUUCUCAUCUUUCUUCCCUUCAUUUCAAGAAUGCUCCCAUUUGGUGCACCUGGAUUUGGGUAUGAACAGUUUUUCAGGUGUUGUUCCUGAAAGUAUUGGGUCUUGUUCUGCAUUACAGCUUCUUGACAUCUCUAACAACAAUUUCUCUGGUGAGUUGCCUGUUGAAGCCAUCCACAAGUUAUCCAGCUUGAAGACUUUGGUUUUCUCUUUCAAUAAUUUUGUUGGGAAAUUUCCCAGGGAGGCAUUAUCCUCUAAUUUGGAGACAUUGGAUUUAAGUUCUAAUAAUCUCUCAGGCUCAAUCCCCCCUGGGAUUUGUGAAGGCCCUAGAGAAAACACCUUGAAAGUUUUGUACCUUCAGAACAACCUUUUCACUGGUUCUAUACCAGAGAGUUUAAUCAACUGUUCACAAUUAAUCUCCCUUGAUCUCAGCUUUAAUUACCUUAGCGGUAGGAUACCCUCUAGUCUAGGCUCAUUGACUAAGCUGAAAGAUUUGAUUAUUUGGUUGAAUAUGCUACAAGGGGAAAUCCCUCAAGAACUUGUCUAUCUGCAGGCAAUGGAGAAUUUGAUUCUUGAUUUCAAUGACUUGACAGGCUCAAUCCCUGCAACUAUUAGCAACUGCACUAGUUUGAACUGGAUUUCCUUGUCGAAUAAUUUCUUGAGUGGAAAGAUACCAGCUUCUCUGGGCAGUUUAUCCAACCUUGCCAUUCUAAAGCUUGGGAAUAACUCAAUCUCUGGAAAUAUCCCAACCGAGCUUGGGGAUUGCAUGAGCUUGCUAUGGAUUGAUCUAAACACGAAUCUCUUGAGUGGUCCUAUCCCGGCUGCUCUAUCGAAGCAAUCAGGCUACAUUGCGGAGUCGUUGCUGACUGGGAAGAGGUUUGGGUAUAUCAAGAAUGAUGGGAGUGAGAUUUGCCAUGGAGCCGGGAACUUGCUUGAGUUUGGAGGGAUUCGACAGGACAGGCUGGACAGGAUUUCCACCAGGCACCCUUGCAAAUUCACUAGACUUUACAAAGGCAUCACCCAACCGAAUUUCAACCAUAACGGAUCCAUGAUUUUCCUUGAUCUGUCCUACAAUAAUCUGCAGGGUGGCAUCCCUAAGGAGUUAGGAUCAAUGUACUAUCUUUUCAUUCUGAAUUUGGGGCAUAAUGACCUCUCUGGUCCGAUUCCUCCCGAACUCGGAAGCCUGAAGACUCUCGCAAUUCUUGACGUAUCACACAACAGUCUCACCGGCUUGAUUCCGCAAUCUUUGACCCGGUUGACUUUUGACGAGAUUGAUCUUUCAAACAACAAGCUCUCUGGACCAAUACCUCAAUCAGCAGCUUUUGACACCUUUGCAGAUUACCGGUUUGCCAAUAAUUCUGGGCUUUGUGGAUACCCUCUUCAGGAGUGUGGGUCCGGUUCCAGUUCAAGAACGAAUUGGAACCACAAGUCUCAUCGUGAACAAGCGGCUUUUAUUGCGACGUUGACGAUUGGGAUUUUGUUUUCCAGUUUAUGCAUAUUUUGUCUGAUUAUACUGGCCCUUGAAAUGAAGAAGAGACGCAAGAAAGGAGAGGAGGAGACUGAAGGGGCAGUGGCGGCUCGUCCAGCUACUAAUGCAAACAGUGGAUGGAAGCUAACUGGUUUUCCGGAAGCGUCGAGUAUAAACCUAUCUACAUUUGAGAAGCCUCUAAUAACGCUCACUUUGGCAGAUCUCAUUGAAGCCACAAAUGGCUUCCACAACGAUAGCCUUAUAGGGUCGGGCGGUUUCGGUGAUGUCUACAAGGCACAAUUGAAGGAUGGUAGUGUUGUGGCAGUCAAGAAAUUGAUCCACAUCAGCGGUCAAGGAGAUAAGGAAUUCACCGCAGAGAUGGAAACUAUAGGCAAGAUUAAACACCGCAACCUGGUCCCGCUUUUGGGCUAUUGUAAGGUCGGGGAAGAACGGCUGUUGGUUUAUGAGUACAUGAAGUAUGGAAGUUUAGAGGACGUUUUGCGUGACCGGAAGAAGAAGAAGAAGGAGAGUGUCAAACUAAAUUGGGCUGCCCGACGGAAAAUCGUGAUCGGAGCAGCAAGAGGGUUAGCUUUCCUUCACCAUAACUGCAUCCCACAUAUCAUUCACCGGGACAUGAAGUCUAGCAAUGUGUUGGUUGAUGAUAACUUCGAGGCAAGGGUUUCAGAUUUCGGAAUGGCGAGGCUCAUGAGUGCAAUGGACACUCACUUGAGUGUUAGCACGUUGGCGGGUACCCCCGGAUAUGUCCCACCCGAAUAUUACCAAAGUUUUAGAUGUUCAACUAAAGGCGAUGUUUAUAGUUUUGGCGUGGUCUUGCUUGAACUGUUGACCGGAAAACGGCCGACUCAUUCGGCAGAUUUCGGUGACAAUAAUCUUGUAGGAUGGGUGAAGCUUCAGAACAAGACGCAAAUCCGAGAGGUGUUUGAUCAAGAUUUGUUUAAGGAUGACUACUAUCCGAGCUUAGAAAACGAGCUUGUUCUAUACUUGAGAGUGGCGUCCGAAUGUUUAGAUGAUCGACCAUGGAAACGACCGCCAAUGGUUGAAGUUAUGGCAAAGUUCAAAGAAAUUCAAGCAGGCUUGGGAGUCGAAUCGUUGCCAGCAGUGGCAGUAAACUGUGACGACCUUAGUGAGAUUGAAGGGAUAGAAUUGAGCAUCAGAUGGACUAUAAAAGAAGGCAAUGAGCAGAGUAGUAAUCAGGCUUAGUUUGAAGAAACUGUCCGUUUUUUGUGGACAUGUUAAUGUAACAUUUGAUGACUUUAUAGUAGUUAAAUCAGUUUGUUAGCUGUUUUUUCACCAGCAGAAAAGGAUGAUUUGAAGUUUGCACCUCAUACUUCUCAUCCAAAUUGAUUAUGCAUUUUAAGUGUAAAAUAUUAACAUUUGCAUCCAAAGCUAAUCGUGGAUUUUCUUAAAAUAUUACGGAGUAUUAGAAUAGAAUUUAUAAACAAAAAUGUGAUUAUUGUUA